AUGGCAGACCGACUCAAAGACGCCCUCCGUCCCGGAACCACAGACCGCAGCACGAGCCAUGGUCGCGGCGGCGCAGGCAACAUCAAGAACAGCUCCAAGACAACGGUAGAAGCCGGCGAUCUCGCCACACCAACCAUUAAAACAGAUCUCUACACCACAGGACGAGGAGGACAAGGCAACAUGGCAACAAAUCUCCACUCGCACCCCGAAUUCGCCCGCGCAGCCCAAGAUGUCGAACAGCACGACUCCGCUCCGCGGGAACCAGCCAAGGGCACUUUCCACUGGGGUCGUGGGGGCCAGGGGAAUAUGGUUACGUUGAAGCAGGAAGGGGAUGGGAAGGUCGUUCCGGCUAGUGGGAGCGGGAAUGGCAAUGGGAACGGGAGUGGAAGUGGGAAGAAGGAAAGGACGAGCAGUAAAGGUGCGGGGGAGAUGGGGGAGAAGCCGGUGGGGAGACGGGGGAGUUUUCAGGGGGUUAAGAGUAUGCUGGGGAUUGGGAAGGAGAAAGAGAAGAAGGAGGAGAAGGUGGCGGCCGUGGACAGGGAUGGGACGGGGACGGUGGGUGGGAGUGCUGUUCAGGAGUAG